AUGUUCAUAUUAAUAAUAAAAAUGGCACAUCAAUUAAUAGCACAAAUUAUUAUUGUUGGAACUCAGAUUCUUGGACGUGCUUUUGUUCAAGCGUAUAAACAAGUUGCAGCAAAUGCAGCAUUAAAACAUGCACAGAAUAAUAUCUAUGAGUCUCAUAGGGAAAUACAUGAUACCAAUACUGAUAUUUUGUCACAAAAAACAGGAAUCACGAUUCCUGAAGCAUGUCAAAUAUUAAAUAUAAAAAAAACACCAAUAGAGCUUUCUGAUGUGAUAGAGAAGUAUGAAUAUUUAUAUAAAAUAAAUGAUCCAAAAAAUGGAGGAAGUUUAUAUCUUCAAACUAAAAUUUUUUGGGCUAAAGAACGAUUAAAACUUGAUAUUUCUCAGAAAAAAGAUAUAUAG